AUGCAACGCUGUUAUAUUGAUAUUCUAUUUGGUUCACCAACACUUAGAUUGCUAGUUUACAUGACCAAACGUGGAGUACUCAUGGCUGCUAACUUUACCUUCACUGUUCGUCACAUUAAUAUCUAUGAUAACAAUGGAGAUCCUACGCAUACAAUACUCGACCAAAACAACCGUUCGGUCUCCGAUCGACGUCAACAAGUCCCCUAUAAAAUGACCAUGUCCGAUCUCGUCCCUGGUUCCAUCAACGAUUCCGGCUCGUUCGUCAAUGGGCGACUUCGUUCUGGUNCUCAGAAUGCGUAUCCAAUAAAAGGUUCGAUAAAACGAUUACCGGAAUCUGGCGCUGAGGUUAACUUGACUAACUCAGUGAAUUAUAACUUGAACAACCCAUUGCAAGCGGCGUUCAUCCCCCCAGGACCACAAGUUCUGGCUGAUUGUGGGGUCACCUCGUCCCUUCCGACCGCAACUGCUUCUCACGUACCUGACAUUGCACAAGGAAAUGUAUCCAUCACAAACACGACGACCGCUACCACUUCAUCGGCCACAUCAUCUGCUUCUGAAAAUUUGUAUGUUGCACUACAUGACUAUGUGAAGCGAGUUGAUGAUGACCUCAACAUGACCAAAGGGCAAACAUUUCGUAUUUUGGAUCGAUCACAUUGUGAUUGGUGGUAUGCGGAGUGCACUGCAACCGGGCAACGGGGCUAUGUGCCAAAAAAUCACCUUGCCCGAGUCACCAGUUUGGAAUCGAAUGAGUAA